AUGGGCCUGAUUGACGUCGACGCAGAGAACCUCAGCCACGGAUCACCACCAUCUCUGUCAUCAAGACUCGAGGCGUUCCACGCUGAGGAUACAGCGGGCCCGCCGCGACGACGCCCGCGACAGCGCGUGGACUCUCGGGCUCCAAACCUCUUUGUGGCCGGCGCCGCCGACAUUGAUCUGGUCUUCGGGCGAGGGGCCGCCCGAGAGUUCAUCGCGCGCGCUGCUGUGCCAGAGGAGCACAUUCCACAGAAUAUCAUUUUCUUUGCAUGGCCUUCCAUCGUGAGGGCGCUGACCGUCCAACCCGAGGCCGGAGUGCGCCUGCUGGAGCGCGAGCCAGUGUCCACCGCCAUGCUAGACCGCAAGCACCAGAGAGUGAAGGAUUGCAACAAGUCGCACUAA